AUGUCUGAAUCUCUGAAAGCCUCCAAUACCUCCAAAGUCCAAGUCUCUGAAUUCAUCCUGAUGGGAUUGCCAGGCAUUCACAGCUGGCAGCACUGGCUCUCCUUACCACUAGCGCUACUCUACCUCAUAGCUAUUGGUGCUAACAUCCUCAUCCUCAUUACCAUCUUCCAGGAUCCUGCUCUGCAGCAGCCCAUGUACUACUUCCUAGGCAUUCUCUCUGUGGUGGACAUGGGUCUGGCCACCACCAUCAUGCCCAAGAUCCUGGCCAUCUUCUGGUUUAAUGCCAAGGUCAUCAGCCUUCCCGAGUGUUUUGCUCAGAUUUAUGCCAUUCACUGUUUUAUUGGCAUGGAGUCUGGAAUAUUCCUCUGCAUGGCUUUUGAUAGAUAUGUAGCUAUUUGCCACCCUCUUCGUUACCCAUCAAUUGUCACCAAUGGCUUAAUCUUCAAAGUGACACUGUUCAUGGUGCUUAGGAAUGGAUUAGGUGUCAUUCCUGUGCCUGUGCUUGCAGCCCAGCGUAAUUAUUGUUCCAAAAAUGAGAUAGAUCAUUGCCUGUGCUCUAAUCUUGGGGUGACAAGCCUCGCUUGUGACGACAAAAGGCCAAAUAGCAUUUGUCAGUUGGUUCUGGCGUGGGUUGGAAUGGGGAGUGAUCUAAGCUUUAUCUUAUUGUCAUAUAGUUUGAUCCUUCGCUCUGUACUUAAACUUAACUCUGCUGAAGCUGCAUCCAAGGCUCUGAGCACUUGCAGUUCCCAUCUCAUCCUUAUUCUCUUCUUCUACACAGCUGUUGUAGUGGUUUCAAUAACUCACCUGGCAGAAACUAAGGCUACUUUGAUUCCAGUUCUACUCAAUGUGCUACACAACGUGAUUCCCCCUUCCCUCAACCCAAUGGUUUAUGCACUCAGAACUAAAGAACUUAGAGUGGGCUUCCGAAAGGCAUUUUGUUUGGGUAUUGAAAAUAAAAUAAGACACUAG